GAGAAGACAAGGAGAGGAAGAUAUACUGAAGAAGGGAAGGAGGGAGGCAGUGUCAAAGGGGGAAGGAUCACUGAAAGGGAGGGAGGAGCUGUUGGUUCUGGCUCCUGACCUGGUGUCUUGGAGCUCCACUGAGGCUGAGGGAGAAAAAAUCUCAUUGAGGAUUUACUGUUCGGACCUUCAGCCCUCUGGACCUUUCUCCUUUGGGAUUCAAUUUAGUGGAAUAUCCACUCAGAGCACCUGACUACCUGCUGGAGUCCUUACUGCUGAACGGGAGAUUUCCAAAUGUGUGAGUAAUAUGAGGAAGCCUUUGAAUGGGCUGGAUCCUGGGAUCAGACAGCAGGGCUUCCAUUGUGUUUAGACUGGGGAGCAGCAUGCAAACAAAUCGAUAAACCGUUGCGGCCUGUCAAACCCCCGCCCUUGUAGCCACCAGCACCACCAGCCCAGCUUUGGGGGGGAUUCCAGAUACUUCCACUCUGCCUGACAACUUGCGCCAAACACCAUGGAUUUCAUGCAACCCAUAAGGAGUCAUGGCAUGAUGGCUUCCUCCAGCUCUGCACCUCUUCUGGGACCUCACAACAGCUGCACCAGGCACCACUACCAGGGUGUCAGAAGAAAGCUGCGACCUGGACGGAUUCUGGGCUUCAUCAUCAGCCUGGCAGUGGCCUGCACAGUCUGCUCAUGGAGUGCCUUGUCGCUGGUCACAGCAGUGGCCAAGGAGCCGGAAUUGGCUGGCGAGGGUUCAGCCGAGGCAGCAGUGCCCCAAAGAACUCUUCUGCAGCACCACAACCUAACAGCAGCACCAGAGGACAUACCGGUAGCCAUGAAAUCCUCAUCUGAAAUAGAGAUGAAUCACGGGGACUACCCAACGGACUACUUCAGUGUGGAGGAGAGACGCCAGGGCUAUGUGGUUUUUCAUAUGUUUGGCAUGUUGUACAUGUUUAUAUCCUUAGCCAUCGUCUGUGAUGAGUUCUUCGUUCCUGCUCUUACUGUCAUCACAGAGAAGCUGGAGAUCUCUGAUGAUGUAGCAGGAGCCACCUUCAUGGCGGCAGGUGGCUCAGCCCCGGAGCUCUUCACCUCUGUCAUAGGAGUCUUUGUCUCCCAUAGUAACGUGGGUAUUGGCACCAUUGUGGGCUCUGCUGUCUUCAACAUCCUGUUUGUGAUCGGGAUGUGCGCCCUGUUCUCCAAAGAGGUGCUGAACCUCACCUGGUGGCCUCUGUUCAGAGACGUCUCAUUCUAUAUCAUUGGCUUGCUCCUGCUCAUCUAUUUCUUUCUGGAUAAUGAAAUCACAUUGGGGGAAAGUGUCAGCCUGCUGAUGUGCUACACCUGCUAUGUGACAUUCAUGAAGUUCAAUGCCAAAGUAGAACUUGUCAUCAAGAACUUUCUGGGCAGCAACCAGGUGAACGAGCUGGAGACUGCACCAAAGGUGAAUGCACCCAAAGAUGAUGAGAACAAACUGACGGCCAAACCCAGGCUGCAAAGGGAAGGCAGCUGUGCUUCUCUACACAACUCACUGAUGAGAAACAGCAUCUUCCAACUCAUGAUCCAUACCCUGGACCCGCUCAGUGACGAAGGUAUGGGACGUUUCAAAGAAAAGGCGUCAAUCCUUCACAAAAUGGCCAAGCAGAAGUGUAAAGAAGAGGCUGCCGCCGCCGCCGCCGCCGCCAAUGCCAAUGGAGCCCUCUCCCAGACACAACCUCCAAGAAAAGCAAAUUCUGAUAAAAACAUCCCAAACAGUACAAAUGUUGCUGUGGAAGUCACACCACCUAUGAACGGUGUUGCAGGAGGAGAAGAGGGCGCUGAGGAAGAGGAGGAUGAAGACCAGCCUCUGAGCCUGGCCUGGCCCGACACCCUCAGAAAGCAGAUCACCUACCUCCUCAUCCUGCCCAUAAUCCUUCCUCUGUGGCUCUCACUGCCCGACGUCAGGAGAGAGACCUCAGCAAAGUUCUUCCCCAUCACUUUCCUCGGCGCCAUUUGUUGGAUUGCUUUCUUCUCCUACCUGAUGGUGUGGUGGGCUCACCAGGUUGGAGAAACGUUCUGGAUCACAGAGGAGAUCAUGGGUCUGACCAUAUUAGCAGCUGGCACUUCAAUCCCUGACCUGAUCACCAGUGUGAUUGUGGCACGGAAAGGCCUCGGUGACAUGGCCGUGUCCAGCUCUGUGGGCUCCAACAUCUUUGAUAUCACUGUGGGUCUGCCAUUUCCCUGGCUCAUCUACAACAUCAUCAACGACUUCAAGCCGGUGCAGGUGAGCAGCAACGGCCUGUUCUGCGCCAUCGUCCUCCUCUUCCUCAUGCUGCUCUUCGUCAUCAUAUCCAUUGCGUCUUGCAAGUGGAAAAUGAGCAAGGUCCUGGGCCUUUUCAUGUUCGUGCUCUACUUUGUCUUCCUCAUCGUCAGUGUCAUGCUGGAGGACAAACUCAUCAGCUGCCCCGUCACCAUCUGAAAGAGAGAAUGACUCCUACUGGUUGUCAGAAAGCAGGAAAAGACGUGUAAAUGUGCUCACAUGUAACAUGAUUUACUGUAGGAGUGGAAAAACAUGCUCGCACAGACACAAACUGUCCCGUAUCUGUCUCACAUACAUACAUAGUAGACGACUGCACACAUGCACACAAAAACACACACGCACACACACACACAUACGCUCACACACUCACACACACACACACACACACACACACACACACACACACACACACACACACACACACACACACACACACACACACACACACACACACACACACACACACACACACACACACACACACACACACAGGUUGUGGAUGCCAGUUAAAUCAAUGCUGCAGAAACCCCGUCCAGUAAGUGGCACACAAGAGACUCCUCUUUCUUUGUACCAUGUGACUACAUUCAGCAGCUACUACUGGUUGAAACCUGUGGAAACGCCACCCGGGAUGGAAAUUUAAUUUCUAUUGAAGCUCACCAGAGAUUGUUGACUGUUCAGCUAAAGGACUGUGCGGCAGUACGAGAAGUGCCCCUGCUACUCAUGCAAGGAGCCGAGUUAAGCGUAAUUUGGGGGCUCAAAGAGACUUUGUGUUUUUUGUUUUAAAGGGCAGCCACGCUUUGGAGAGAUCAUGUAUGUCAUUGAAUUAAAAAGAUAGGGCCGGGGCAACACAUAAGUGUAGCUGCUUAAUAUACCUUUAGAUUGUAACUGUGUUCAUCCCACUGCCUGGAUGGCUUCAUAAUGUCACAGACAGGAGAAUAUCCAGAGUUAAUAACCUGAUUGUGUUUUCAGAAACAGUACAUUGCAUUUGAGGACAUAUAUGUCAGAGAUUUGUAUAGACUUUAUAUCCCAUUCAUGAAUAUCUUUGAUAGAGUACAUUAAAUGCUAAAUAGUUACAAUAGAGUGUAAGCAGAUAGAAUGGGCAAGGAUUAAGUUAAUUAAGGUGUUGUCAUGCUCAAUACUUCUGCUUAUAUCCCAACUAUCUUAUUUAGGUUUUUCCUAUAAUAAGCUUCUGAGUGUGACGUUUUCUGUUACAUCUGCCUUUACUUGCACCACUUCAGAGAGAUUACUUCAGUAUGCCGACUAAAACUGAACUGCAUGGAAAUGUAAUAACCCGGUCAAUGUCACAUUUCCCAGUAGAUGAUGCGAUCUGGACAACAAGUGGUGGACUAAAGUUUAGUGUUCUCUCCGUUGUAUUUUACUUGUUAAACUGAAAAGUGUCCCCCCCUCCCCCUCCUCCUGAAUUAUGUAUUUGUAAAAGGAGUGCUCAAUAUCAACAGGUAUUACCUGGUUUCUUCUGUAAUGUUUUUCAUGUAAAACAACUCAUGUACUGUAUAACAUAUAUAUGUGUAUAUAUGAAAGCAAAUUAUAGCAAUAUUUUUGUCAUGGACUUUUCUCCUCUUUUUCCUCUGCUGUAGGCCUUUUGUAAUAUGGGGCCAUUGUUGUUAAGUUCACAUACUGCUUCCCUGUGUUCGGUGUGUGACAUAAAGGGUGAAAGCUUAGAGUGAAGCUGUUAUAAGAAACAUUUAGUAGGCCCUUAUUUUUAUUCUAAAACAAACAUGGACUGAUGAAGCUUCAGUUUGUGACAUUUGCUUAUUUUGACAAUUUUGUUUUCCUCUAAUCCAAAAAAACAUGUAAUUUCACAUCACUAGAGACCUGCUGUAGUAGAAAUUUAACCAUAAUUUAAUUUUCAUUCAAAUGUUGUGUGAAAACAAGCGUGUGUUUCCAUCGACUAAUCUAAUGCGAAUAUUCUGAAGGGGGUUGCAAAAAAGAUUAAAUAAAUGAUAACACAAUAAAGAAGUCUGUAAAUCUAAAAGUCUGUUUCUGUUACUGUUAUUGCAUUUUCCCUUUUUGAUUUAGCAAAAUUUAUAAGGGAUUUAAAGGGUUUUUAUGAGCAAAGUCAAACUGCCCUUAAAACAAAGAAGAAACAUGUUCCUGUGGGGCAGAUAUAAUAGUGAGCCAUUUAUAUGCUGUCAGUGUUGUCCAUCUUGUCUGCAUCAGCUGAGCCACCUGUUGCAUGCUGGACUGCAUAACUGCCCUCAUGCAAGCUACAACGCACAUCUUCAUUCAUGAAUCAUUAUUUUUACUUGUGUUGGCUGUUUUCUAUGUCAGAUAUAUGAAAUAGAGCUAAAUGUGGGAGAUAUGUUAUGUUUUAUUCUCCCUGCAAUUUCACGCUCCAUCAGUGUUAUGUUCAAUAAAGAAAGGUACUGUCUUCUUCUCCUCCUCCUUCUUCUUUUUCUGAUAAUAAUAAUUUUAAAAGGCUAUGGUGUUACAGUACAACCUCAUCACAACACAAAAAAACAUUUCUAGAAUGUAUUUGUUUCCCAAGAACACUCUGUACUCUAUAUAUAAAUGUAUAUUUGUGUUUCUUUUUUCUUUCUAUUUGAAAUAGACAUUUUUCUUUUUUUUUAAUUUGGAUUUAUGGAUCUGAUUUUCCUGUUAAGAUAGACAUGGAAAUAUCAGUUCAACUCUCCCAGAGUUAAAAAUAAUAUUGCGUGUCACUAUGUUAACCUGCCCAUUUUAAAAAAAAAAUCUUUAUCUUCUCAUAAAUUGAAACUUCCUUUUUUUGUCCAAAUUAAUAAGAAAAUAAUUUCCAUAAUAUUGGCCCCAACUAUUGAUUAUCUUGCAUUGUUAAAAAUGAGUUUUAUUAUGUGUUUAUGUGUAUAAAGGAUUUAUAAACUGUAUAUAAAUACCUCCUCAACGUGUCUAUUCUCAGACUCCAGAUGUAACCUAUCUAUGCAGUGUCAGUUCUAAAUCUUUCUUGCUUUGAUGGAUCAGGUGAAUGUGUGUAUGAAUGAUAGUAUUUACAAAUAUCUUUAAGAAUCCAUCCUUGAACAGUUUGAAUAUCAUGACAAAUAAAAUGCUUUUGUAUUUCUCUCGUACGUUAUGCAAGUAUGGAAUCAUAUUCAUGUACUACUUGAAUUCUGUAUUAUACUGUAAAAACAUAUAUCGUUCAACUCUGUAUUAAGUGUUACAUGAUAAAAUAAAUUAAAACGAAAAUUUUCACUGUU